GUUAAGUAAGGUGAAUGACUAACUGGAUUUUCUCUGAUCUCUUAUCACCAUCUGUUGCAGUCUGUUUUUUCAUCGAACGCGUCCUUGCCACCUUGAAUUUCUUGGAGAACCUCCACCUUCACCUUCUCGGCUGGACCCAAGGGUCAGCUGGCAUUUCCACCACAGCCUGGGCCUCCAUGGAUCCAGUCGAGAAACCUAACUCAGUGUUGAUUUCUGAACCUUCCCCGAUGACCUCUGAGGACUCCUCACGGGACGUACCGGCAGCCUCCCAUCCUUCCUUCCCAGAAAUGCUGAUGAUGGGCCUCAGAGACCUGACCCCGGGCCUGGCACCCCCUUCGCCGCUGCCACUGCCGGAGGGGCUGCUCCAGCAGCGGUACCGAGAUGAGCAAGCCCUACAAGAGCGGUGGUGGGGAAAGGCAGCUUCUCCCCAGAGGAAGAAAGCCUUCCUGGGGCACCUGAGGCAGACGCACCUGGAUCACGUGGCACCUUAUCGGGUUGAUAGGGAAGCCAGGAUCUUUUCCCCAAGCCAUCGAGAUCAGAAAAGAUUCAGAUGUGAAUGUCGAUACUGCCAGCGACAGAGGCCGAAUAUUUCUGGGAUGCCUGCUGACAGGAGUGGGGCCCCACACCCCUCCUCCUGGGAAACACUAGUCCAAGGCCUCAGUGGCUUGACCCUCAGCCUGGGCACCACCCGGCCCGGCCUUCUGCCGGAAGCUGCCUGCCAGCAGCAGGAGCCACAGGAGAAGCUGCAACUAGAGAUGCAGCAGGAAAGCAAAAGGAUGUUUCAGAGGCUCCUGAAACAGUGGUUAAAAGAAAACUGAGACUCGCAGCGUCGCGUGAGGAAGCUCUGAAUGGAGUCGGACAUGGAUGCUGGUUUGCCGCAUCCGGGUGUGGGUUUCCUAGGGGACCAAACAGUGAGCCGGAGUCAGAGGAGGCGCCAGAGCAGACCAAGGACUGGGAAGCCUGUCAGCGUGAGACUCGAUCCCACGAAGGUCCUGGACUUUCCCGCCUGGAAUUUCUGCAUCACUCUGGUACAUUCUGUGGCAAGGGACACUGUCCCAGAGGCCCUGCACCCCAUCCUAUG